AUGUCCUUCGCCUCCUUCAAUCCACUGAGUAUCCGUAAACCUCAGCAUGAAAGCCCUGCCGGUAGCACUGACAAGGAUACUACUACCAGCAAUAACAACAACAACAACAAACAGCCUCUGGACGACAAGCGGAUAUAUGUUGGCAACCUAGACCCAGCCAUUGACGAGUACAUCGUCCUCAAGCUGUUCUCGCCAUUCGGCAAGAUCACCAAGCUCGACUUUAUGUUCCACUGGCACGGACCCAAGAAAGGCACCCCGCGCGGAUACUGCUUCCUCGAGUUCGAAUCCGCAGCCCAAGCAGCCGCCGCCAUCAAGGAGAUGAACCGCAAGGCUAUCAAAUUGCGUCCUCUAAGCGUCUCCCUUGCGAACAUGGCGCCUCCAAGCGCCGAUAGCGAAAAAGGCCGCAAGCGUAUGCUUGAUCCCAAUCGUCCUACAGCCUUCUCGCUUCUGAAAGCAGGCGGAGCCCUGAAGAAUGCGUCCACGAACGAAAAGAUCAAGGCCAUGGAACGGAAACUCGCCCAGAUGGCUGAACCUCCCAAAGCGUCGGCUCCACCGGCACAUUCGUCCUUGCCUCCCAAACCGGCCGUUACCAUGUCGACCUCUAGUCGACCACAUCGGGACGCAGGAGUAGGGACGACAUCAGCGUCUUUGACCAAUAAGAGACAUAGACCGUAUUAA